AUGGAGAGAAAUAUGAUAGAAAGGGCUGCUGCAUCCGGAUCAUGGUCUGUGCCCUCUUGUAAGAAUAAACGUAGAUUUGGCAAGAGGCCAAUGUCGAGAGGAAGGCCGAUCAUCCCACCUAACCGGAGGAAUGUCUGGGGAAAGCCGACUCUUGGUAACGGUGGAAUAUGUCAAUUUUACAAUUGGAGGCAUGAGAUCGCCUCGUGUCCCUUCGGGAAUAGAGCUUGUUUUGGUUGUGGUCGGAUGGGCCACCAAGUGAGAGAUUGCCCGCAGAGGCAAAGAGGAGUUCCAGCGCCAUCACAGCAAGGAGGACAGCCGCAUGGGAAUACGCUGCAAAAUUACCAAAGCCGACUUCCAGCGCAAGGAAGAGUUUUUGCGGUCACCGGGGAAGAAACGGAGGAUUCGUCGACCGUUACAGGUACCGUCUUCUUGCAUGAUCAUGUAGCAUAUGCGUUGUUUGACACUGGAGCCACGUACUCCUUUGUUGCUGAGCGCUUUAUUAAAUUAGUUGGGUUGAGUCCGAAAUCGCUGGAAACGGUUUUUAAGAUAUCCACGCCGCUAAAAGAUAGUGUAAUAUCUACGAUAGGUUGUCUUGAUUGUAAGUUGAUAAUCGGUGGUCACGAAGAAGUGAUAGAUCCGAUUGUGCUGGAAAUGAAUGAUUUUGAUGUAAUUGUCGGUAUGGAUUGGCCGACAAAGCAAAGAGUCACGAUGGAUUGA